AUGAAAAUUAAAGCUCUUUCUCGGUCUGCUGCUAUGCAGCAGACUCCAGGAACCAAUGUUCAAAGAGUACAACGAAACAUUGACCCGUCCCAGCACCCAUUCGAACGGGCACGCGAGUAUACAAGGGCUCUUAAUGCAGUCAAGAUGGAGAGGAUGUUCGCCGCUCCAUUUAUCGCACAGCUUGGCAACGGACAUGUCGACGGUGUUUACAGCAUGGCAAAGGAUCCAAUUUCCCUCGAAAGAUUCGCAAGUGGGAGUGGAGAUGGUGUUGUAAAAAUCUGGGAUUUGACUACACGCGACGAAAUCUGGCAUGCUCAAGCGCAUGAAAAUAUUGUGAAGGGGAUGUGCUGGACCUCUGACAGGAAACUUCUCUCAUGCGCCAGUGACAAAACCAUCAAGCUCUUCGAUCCAUACAACACCCCCUCUGAAUCUUCUCCGCUCGCAACAUACCUGGGCCAGGGCGCAUUUACUGGCGUAUCACACCACGAAACACAUCCAUCAUUCGCCGCGUCUUCUUCCGUGAUAUCCAUCUAUGAUCUUUCUAGGCCGUCAUCUACACCCUCAGAGACCCUCCAUUGGCCAACAAGCACAGACACUAUUACGUCUCUAGCCUUCAACCGUACCGAGACCUCUAUACUUGGGUCCACCGCAACUGACCGAUCUAUCGUAAUGUACGAUCUACGCACUUCAUCGCCAGUUUCCAAGGUGAUACUGAAGCUCGCUUCAAAUGCAAUUUCCUGGAAUCCCAUGGAGGCAUUCAACUUUGCCGUCGCGAAUGAAGACCACAACGUAUAUAUAUUCGAUAUGAGGAAGAUGGACCGCGCCUUGAACGUUCUUAAAGAUCACGUUGCAGCUGUGAUGGACGUUGAAUUUAGUCCAACUGGGGAGGAGCUCAUAUCCGCAUCGUAUGAUCGUACUAUCAGACUAUGGAACCGGGAGAAGGGUCAUUCGAGGGACGUAUACCAUACAAAGCGCAUGCAACGAGUAUUCUCUGCAAAAUUCACUCCUGACAACAACUAUGUCCUGUCUGGUUCUGAUGAUGGCAAUAUCCGACUCUGGCGCGCAAAUGCUUCCUCCAGGAGCGGUAUUAAGAGUGCGAAGGAGCGCCAAAAGCUCCAGUAUGAUGAUGCGCUGAAACGCCGAUAUGCACACAUGCCUGAAAUUCGUCGCAUUAAACGCCAUCGACACCUGCCUAAAGCUAUAAAGAAAGCGGGAGAGAUUAAGGGUGAAGAGAUAAAGGCACUGAAGAGACGAGAAGAAAAUGUGAGGAAGAACAGCAAGGGGGUGAAGCCACGACGAAGUGAGAGAGAGAAGAUGGUCUUGGUGACAGAACAAUAA